AUGUGUUUCGGAUUCCGAGGCGCGGGCACAACUGCCGGGUCCAGAAAAAAGCUGCCCGAGGUUUCAUGGCAUUGCGGCCUUGGUUGCCAUGGUCUGGAGGUCGAAGGCAUCCCUCUCGACCGAUAUCUGGACCAUUUCACUGGGCUGGGAAAGCAAGAGCAGCAUGAGGUGAUUAGUCGUGUCAUGCAAGAAGCAGAGAAAAGUACAUCUUCCGGAGCCAAGGCCGGAGUGUGCAACCGGAAGGUGGCACGUAUCGGCGUGCUGUCUUGGAACGUUGGUGGCAUCAGCGACCACCGAAAGGACCAAGGAGCUGGCCUGGAAGAGGAAGCGCAGGCAGCUGUUGCAGAUGUUUUGCAGGCUGCGGUGGCCAAGCUCGGUGCAGCAGACGUGAUAGUUGUUGGGCUGCAGGCCAGUGCGAGAUCCACUUCUGUGUCAGCUACAUCGUGCCGUGUGUGUGCGGGGCUCGGAAGCUGGCAUCGCUCUUCGGGAUUCUUGAUACACCGUCCUGCCGUACCUCCUGUCAGUCCUGCCGGCAUCCCCAAUCAAGUUUGGAAUUGGCGAGGAUGCCAGGUGCGAUACCAGGCUCUGGGCGAAAACAACACCGGCCCAAGUUGUCUCUUGCUCCACGGCUUGCUGGUCAACGCGGAUCAUUGGCGUCGCAAUCUCCCUGACUUGGCCAAGGCAGGGCUUCGUGUUUAUGCGCUGGACUUCCUGGGCAGCGGCUACACUGAAGCUGCUGCCCUAAACGGGGAGCGUCGAAGAAACUUGAGCGUCGUGGACGCCGAGCUUCUUCGAGGUGGAGGGCGCCGAGAAGUGGUUUCGGCAGCUUGGCUGAGCAGGUACAACAUCUACACUUGGAGCGAGCAAGUCUGCGACUUCCUUGAGGAGGUUGUGAAAGAUGAUGCCUUCCUGAUUGGAAACUCUCUUGGCUCGCUGAUCGGAUUGCAAGCAGCUAUUGAUCGGCCAGAUCUUGCGUGCGGGGUCUUGCUGGUGAAUCCUCGAUUUCGACAGGAGCACGUUGCGGAGGCUCCUGCCGUCAUCAGGCCGUUCAUUGAGCUCGUGCAGAGCCUGCUGCGGGAAACGUUUGUGGGCCGAUCCCUCUUCAACCUGUUAGCCAACAAGAACGCUGUGAAAGAAAUUCUCAAAGAGCCGUACUACGACUCGUCCCAGGUGACUGACGAGCUGGUUGAUGUUUUGCUCGAGCCCCUCUUGCUGCAGGGUGCGCCGGAAUCGGUUUUCGAUGCUUGGACUGCCCAAGCAUAUGAUGCGCCGUGGUGUCUUGGAAGUGGAUUUCGCCAGGAUUCUCGUUUGGCUGCUCCGGUUUGGGCAUGCUGGGGAGACAAAGAUCCCUGGACUCCGCUGCAGCGGGCCUCGGCCCUGGGCGAACUUUCUUCGGUGAAGCGGUUGAUCGAGACGCCAGGAGUGCCACCAGUCCAGCUGCCCUUGCAGGUGGUGAAUGCAUUGAUUCUGGAGUUCACCCGCAACUUCUCGAAAGAGAUCAUCAGCUUGACGCCCUCGAAUGCCAUGAAGGGCACGAGCAGCUUCAAGGAAUCUCGCAAGAACCAGACCUUCUAUGGCUGGCCGGAGACUGUGGCACAAUGGGUGGAGCUGCUCCUAGGCGCCCUGAACUCACGGCCUAUGCCAGCCGGAAAAAGUUUCUGCUCCUCUGACCACAGGGCCUACGUGCUGUAUGGCCAGCCUGUGUACCUGUUCGGCCUUCUGCUUUGUGUGUUUUGUCCAGCACACCUGCUGAAGCACAUUCGUGACUUUGGCAUGGCAGAGAAGCCGAUGGACCCCAGGAUCAAAUCAGGCUCCAAAGGCGCUGUCGCGUGCCGCUUUGUUCUCUGGGACCGGAGCUUCUGCUUCCUGAACUGCCACUUGGCGGCGACCACCUCAAACUCCACCAGAUAUGGCAUGCGUGAUCUGAAACAGCGCCUCCAGCAACUGGAGCAGUGCUGGACAGAGAUCAAGUUCAAGUCACUUGUGAACCAGAUGGUUUAUCCUGUUCCUGCUCACCGGGCGAUUUUCCUGAUGGGGGACACCAACAUGAGGCUAGUCAACAGGGAGAGCAAGAAGGACUUCCACGCUUAUGCCUUGCAAGCCCUCAGCAGCAAGCCGGAUGGCUACAAGGAGCUGUGGAAGUUGGAUCAACUGAGCCAGGAGAUGGCGGACUCUCCCCAGCCGUCGCUCUUCCCGCAGCAGAAGAGUCUCGGAUGUCUCAGUGUGCCCCACGAGCGCCUGCUGUCCCAGUGGCGUGAGCCCUUCGCCGAUGCCCAUACGGGCCCGCCGUUCCCUCCAACUUUCAAGCUCGCCGUGCCAGGCCCUGGAUUCAGCAAGAAGCGGGUGCCGGCCUGGACAGAUCGAGUCUUGUUCAGUGGAGAGCAUGCAGAGCCUUUGAAGUAUGGCUCUGUGGAGCAAAUCCAGGUGCUCAACCCACCACACAAUGUCUCGGAUCAUGACCCAGUGUAUGCGUUCUUCGAGGUGGAGUGCAUGGCCAUUCAUCCGAGGCGGCUCGGCACGCUGGCGCGGGAGGUAAGAAGCGCGACAAAGGAGCCGAGGGAGGAACCGCUCGCGCGAAGUCCGACCACGCAGUUGCAAGCGUUGCAGCAGGAUCAAACCUUUGGCGGUGGCAUGCUGGCUACGAAUCAGCCCGAUAUCGACGAGAUUUCGAGGUCAGCGCAGCGGCGGCUCAGAGUCUCAGCUUCUGCCUACCUGCGGCCGACGGCUCAAGCUUGCCUUUGCCAUGCUGCCCCUGUGCCCACAAACUUGAUGGCCCUUCUUGGCCUCGGGCCUCUGCUGGCUUUCUGCGUUGCCUCGUCCCCGAUUCUGGCCGUUGCUGCCGAUGAGUGUGCGCGGAAAGACGAAAGCUGCAGGGAAAGCGUAGACCAUGAGGCCAGUUUUGUACAGGUCAGGAGAGAGCACUUCAGGAACGGCUCUUGUGCCGGUGACAUCUUUACCACCGUCGCCAAGAACAUUGGCGGCGGGACCCUGUCCGAACAUGAGAUAGCCACGACACUCGCUCAUGGCUGCGAUCCCACACAAUCCAGCUACUCAAAGCAUUGCCCAGAAGUGAAGGAAUUGCAUACGAAGGCCUAUGUCCAUACACUUCAGAGACUUAAUCGCCUCCUCCUCAAGUUUGGGUCGGUGGCAGCGUCGUUCGACGACUUCAGCAUGGUGUCGCUCUACAACUGCAUCUGGCACAACCGUCACAACCCUGGCGACAACUUCGGAGACGAACCAUUCGACACAUGCACUGAGGACCAGCUGUGUACGAUGAUAACGACUGCAGAGGAGUAUGAGCACCAAAUGCCCGAAGUUUCUCUCGAAGCAUUGCGGAAGAGCCGCGUGCAUCGCGAGUUUCGAGGAUCGCAUGCUGGAUGGCCCGGAACAGGGAAGGACUUCCCGAUGGUCCGGGUCUCUCUGCUGCACAAAUCAGAUGGGACGGCAGCAGCCCCUGAAACCAUUCUGGGGCAGGGUGGCUUGCGGCUCUCUUCGGUGAGUGGAGGAUGGGCGAAACGGUCCACUCUUCACCUCGAGCCAAAGUAUUCAGAGGGCUUCCAGAUCGCUUGGGGAAAGAUACGUGAUGGCAUGCUUCCAAACGAGGCCGACCUGAACGUGUUUUCCAGAGUGCUCGGAGGGCCUCCGCUCCACCUGGAAAGCGGCUUGGUCCCGGCGGCGCCCGGGAGCUUCGUCCGGAACUUCUCGGAUACCCCGGUGGCCGCGAAGAUGCCCCCGGCUGCGGGAAGUCCCAUCACCCUUCUGGUGAUCGGCGACCCUUGCAAUGGAAACAUGUUUGGUGGUGGCCAGUGCGUCUUUCGUGACUACUAUGGAGUGAACAAGACGCUCCCAACUCUUUUGAAUGCUGCCUUGCCCAGCACCGACGUCUGGUACUUGACAGGUGACAACUUCUACGACCGCUACGGCGUGUUCUCCGUGAGCAUCUUUGCUCAGCUUGAACCCGCUGCACAGGGCGUGCCGUUGCUGUCUACGCCUGGGAAUCACGACUACUGGUUUGAGGGGGUUCCAGAGUUCGCCCUGGACGACUCCUUCCUGGGCUACGACCAGUUCGGAUUCGGUGGGGCGCAGUUCUACGCCAUGGACACGGCCGCCUCCUGGGCACCCCAGGCACCCUUGGAGGACCUGAUCUCACCCAAAGGCCGCCCGGCCUCGCAAUUCUCGCAGGCGCCGGCCUUUUUGGAUCUCUCCGGGAAGCCCAGGAAGGAUGCCAAGGCAGUGAACUUCCAACACUACAGCAUCGCCGGCAACGUCGGCUUUAUCGUCAUCACCUGCGUCGGGGGAGAUCCCCGGCCCUUUGUCCAGGAGGCAUGCACCUUCAUGAAGCAGAGGAACCCUGACCUGGUUUUGCUCCUUGGCCAUUGGAACAAGCCAGGCAGUGGCUGCACCACUGGCUGGGAUGUGCCGCAUGUCACAGCCUGGGCACUUGAUCACUCAGACUGUGCUGCUUUUCGGGGUGAGUCAGGUGAGGCACCCUACGGCCCAGGAGGAAAAGCAGCAACACGCAUGAAGUUCGUCGUCGGUCAUCAACACUGCAACUGCAUGACCAACUUUGAGCAAACCCUGAAGGACCGCUGCUUGGAUGACCAUACCGAUCCCUCUAGAGUUGACGGCUUCAUAAUUGGCUCACAUGGGAUGAGCUGGGAUCCACAGCAUUAUCCAAAGUGCAGCUCGCGUUUCGGCUUGCCCGUGCUUCGCACAGAUGGAGGCAGACUGACCUUCGCGUAUGCAAAGCUGUCACUGGAUACAUGGCUGACACACUGCAAGCCCUGGGAAAUAUUCUGCAAAGACAGGCCAGGUGAAGUGUCACGAACAGAUAUGUGGAAAUCUUGGUUCACAUUUACGCCGUCGCACUGGUCACCGAGGGUCGCAGGCCCCUACGGAAAGGGCAUCAUCCGAGAAAAGAUGGAUGGCCUGGUGGCGUGCCUGAGAGAGAAGGGUACGAGCGAAUGCUCAAAGGAUGCUUACCUCUUUGACCAGUGGUACUCCAAGGAAUUGCAGUAG